AUGCUUACUGUUCAACGGAUGGAACCCGAGUAUCUGGUAUACCCGCAAUCCACGUCAUCACCAGUUGAGUGGAUUCCUGAAUUAAUGCAAAAUUGUGCUGUUUGUGGAGAUCGAGUCAAUAGCUGUCGUCUUGGGUGUCCCGCUUGCUUGGGAUGCAUUGUUUUCUUUCGUCGUUCAGUUAUUCAUUCCUCCAAAUAUCGAUGUUUGAGAGAUGGAAAUUGUCUGAUCAAUUUUGAAUUUCGCUCAUCGUGCCGAUCUUGUCGUCUUCAAAAGUGCUAUCACGCAGGAAUGAAACCUUCAGCAGUCAAAAGACGGGACUGUCUUGGACCGAGAAGGCCUUCUCCUUCGUAUUCUGAUCCACCAAUUCUUUCUCCAGAAGCCGAUGUUCAACUCAUCGAUCGACUCAUCAGAAUUCAAAAUCGACAAUUUGAAGAACACAAAAGACAAAGUGUCUCGUCUCCAAGGAGAGCCGACACAUCUGAUAUCAAUAAAAUGUUUAAAUGGAGCAUAAAUAAUUCCAUUGAAUGGGCAUCUCAAUUUGACCCAUUCCAAAAAUUAACUAAUGAAUCUCAAAAAGUUGUCCUAUCGGAGUAUGGAUUUGCGUUUCUUCUCAUUGAUCAAGCAUUCCGGACAGUGUCAGAAAAAGCUAACGGAAUUUGGUUGCUACAAAAUGGAACGUUUCUUCAUCCCGAUUAUAAUUACGGACAGAAUGGAAGAGUUCAAGAAAGUGACUAUCAGUGUACAAGAAGCCACUUCGAAUUUGUCAAAUCUCUCCAAAUCGCCAUUCAAAAACCAUUUGAAGCAAUAAAUAUUGAUAUUUUCGAGAUUGCGGCUCUCAAAAGUCUUCUAUUAGUUUCUCCAACCUACCCGAAAACCAACAUCUUCUCCGAAUAUCAAGAAAGAAUGACAAGUUUGAAAUCCAAAUGUUGUACGGAACUGUUGGAAUAUCUCUCAGUUAAUUAUUAUGAAACUCAUGUGGAACGCUUUGGAACUUUGAUUCUGAUUCUUGGAGAAAUCCGAACGAUGGUCAAAGCACUAUACAACCAAACAAAAAUGUCUGAUUUAUUCAAUUCUAGUCGAUUCGAUCCAUAUGUUCGAAGCUUUAUUUUGUCAUAA